UGAUUUCCUUCCAUUCGGGCGUCGCUGUUCCUUUGUUUAGUCUGUCUUUUCACUUGUUACCCCUAGGUCGUCGUCUGACGCCCGUCCGCUGCACACCACUCCUCAACGGUCCCAAACAGCUAACCGCAUUACAUCGCAGCCGGAGCAGUCGUCGUCGUUCCAGUGGCCACGCACGUCUGAACAGUGAGUGAAUCAGUCAGUGAGAUCCCGUCGAGUGGUAUUUGCCGAAGCUGAACAUUCGUUUCCGGUCCAUUCAUUCCUUCGUCAUGUCUUCAGGAGAGAGAGGUGUUGAAAACAUAGAACCUAGUGGUGCUGCUGCAGAAGAGGAUCAAGUAGCAUAUUCUGUAGAAAUGAUUCUGGAUAAGCGCUUAAAUAAUAAUAAAGUUGAAUACUUUCUGAAAUGGAAUGGUUACGAUGACAGAGAAAAUAGUUGGGAGCCAGAAGAAAAUUUGGAUUGUGUAGAUUUAAUUAAAGCGUUCGAAGAAGCACUCAUAAGAGAAGAGAAGGAGAGAAAAAGACAGGAAAGAAAGGAAAAACGUCGUCAGCUUUAUUCCUUGCAAAAUACUUUGACAAAACCAAUAAUCAGAGGUCGUGCUUCGCCAGAUUCUUUUGGUUCUCCUGCAGUAAUACAACUGGAUAAGAAGGAUAUUGACCAAGCUAAUAUUAAAGUCACAAAUGUUUCUGAAGUUACUGAGAAAAUUCCGGAUGAAAUUUUAGGUGCAACUGAUUCAAGUGGCCAAUUGAUGUUUUUGAUGAAAUGGAAAGGAACUGAUGAAUCCGAUUUGAUAUCAGCUGUAGAGGCUAAUAUAUUGUGCCCACAAGUCGUUAUCGAUUUUUAUGAAAAAAAACUUACAUGGAAUUCCUCCUCUGGAAAUGUAAAUUUUGAUCAACUAUUAUAAUACAAAUAAUGACAACAUGUGUUCAAAAAAUAACAUUUAUUUUAUAUCAAACUCUAUGAUAAAUGUUUUCAAUUAUUUUAUUUUUUCAUUAUAUGUGGUAGAAAUGCCUAUAACUAAGUAUAAUUUCACGAAACAAAUUUUUUUUUUAUAUUUUAGAUUGAUGAAAGGUAAUAAUAUGAUAUAAAUAUUAUACAUUAUUAUUAUCGGUUAAUAAUUAACUUAUUAGUUUUGAGUUUUUCAUUAUUUUUUUGUUUAAAUUAUAAUUUAAUAGUGAAUCAUUUUAUCUUGAAGGCAAAAAUUAUAUGUUAAUUUAAGUUUAUUUUUUUGUUCAAAUGUUGGGCUUAAACAUUCUUAACUUGUUUUUUUAAACAUUAAAGCAUUUUUCACAA